CCCCUCUUGGCUGUGAGGUAUGCAACAUUCAAGUGUUUUAUCAGAAAGAGAAAAAAAACCCACCCACAAUUCGUCGUGUUGCUGUUUGCUGAAGGAGCCCGGUUGUCCGCGUUGAGUCUGUUUUCUUAUGGCCAUGGGGGGCAGGAGCCCGUUACUGCUGGUGAUUCCUCUGUCAAUGACUUUUGGGAGAGCUGCUGCUCUUGCAGAGCCGGAGAUCUGUUACGUGCUGGAUGGUAUCCUGUUUUUGUACGGCAUCAUCCUGACAGCUCUCUACUGUAGAAUCAAGGUCAUGAAUGCUCGGGAGGCUGAAGCUGGGAAACCAAAGGCCAAGAAGCCUGUCGAAGAGAGCAUCUAUACGGGUCUGACUCCUCACGCCCAAGACACAUAUGAAACUAUUGGCAUGAAGAAGUGACGUGAUGAAGUGAUUCAGUGAUUUGUAUUUAAAUAUUGCAUAUCUUUCCCUGCUUGUAUUUUGAGAGAAUGUGAGAUUGUGUACACCAGUGUUCAUUUCUGUCCUUGUAUAAUUUAUAGGAAGUUAAGAAGGAUGAGGCAGAAACAGAAAAGAUGCUCCUACCGCUCUGCACAUAUUUUUAUACAUUUUGAUAAUUGCGAUGCUUCAGGUGCUUUGUAUUGUAAUCCUUAUAAAUAAAAAAUUAAAUAGACAUUACAUAUCUUGUGUAUAGUUAAGUGGCACCUCCUGCUGCAUUUAACUUCCUCUUUUAGGCCAUUGGAAAGAUAGAUGUCUUCUUGCAUAGGCACAGUGUUUCCUACACACCACAGGAUGGCAGUGAUGGUGUCUUUGGUGAGGUCUGGUGAAGAAAUAACACAGACCUGUAUGACGUAUACCUGUAUGACGCAUAGAGCUUUUAUACUAAACCCGUGGAACCUUUACCUUCCUUAUUAAAUGACAUUGUCUCUCUUUGAAGUGGUAUACCAGGACAGCCCUGUCUCCAAAGUGUUACAAUUGUAUAGGGAGUGGCAAACCUCCAGUCUUAGGGUAAACUACCACAAAGAGACUUAAUAAUAAUCAUUUUCUGAAAGUGGUUUGAUUAUAUGAAGAUAAAGUCUGUAAAGAUUAAUUCUGUGUCACGUUUCGCACACAUCCGACCGCCCAAAAACCUGUUGAACAUGUAACCAAUAAAGAAGAGAAAGAUUGUAAUGUGGAAUGAUGUACAACUGAUGAUGUCAUUAUACAUAUAAUCAUUAAAUAUUCUGAGACCAAAA